UCCAAGCAAAAAAGAUCAAAAAAAUUUUGAGCUGAGAAGUUCUCAAAAAAUUCAAAAACCGAAAUGAACGUUAUUCUAUACACCGGUUAUUUUAAUUUUUAAUUAAAAGUUCCUAUUGAAAAUGGUUGUUUAAAAGUUAAGAAAAAUGAAUUACUUCUUACGAGUGUUAGUUUUAGCUUGUGUGCUUGGCCCUUGUGUGGGAUCCAAGUUGAGUUUACCUCGUGUUUUAUUACCGCUCUCCAAGUCUUCACCAACGAAUUUCACCCUGAAAGUAUCGAGCAAUGGAUGUUAUACUUGGACGCUGUCAAGAUUGGACAUUGUACAAAUCAUCCCACAAGAUUUGAACAAAAAGUUGGACUGUUCUUCGGAAGUAAUCCUGAUGACAAUUACCAAGGAAUUUAUUCGGAACACCGUUAUCGUUCUGGUUGAAGAAGUAACUACGAAAGAAGUUCUACGAUGCGAUGUAAUUGUGGAUGUCAUCUCCUCUCUUCAGAUCAUCACCAAAACUCGCCAGCUGUACGUUGAAGAAUCACCUGAAAUUUUCGAAGUGCGAGCUUACGAUAAACAAGGCAACGAAUUCUCUACUCUGGAAGGCAUUCAGUUUGUUUGGAGUGUUAGUAGUGGUAAUGCGCAAGAUUUAUCGAGCAAAAAUGACGUUAUACGGUUUAUCAAUUUUAAGGACUCGUAUUAUGAAAUACCUUCGAAAAUUCACGAUGUAGAUGCUCAAGUUUCCAAAGAGUACAUGGUUUUAUUAGAAGGCGUUAAAACUGGAACUGCUAAUGUUUCUGUUGAGCUGGGUCAUCAUGAAUACCGUAGUGUUCCACCUACCACCGUUCAGUUAAACGUUAUCGCGAAUCUUCUAAUAGAACCUGCUGACUUGUAUAUUUUGCAAGGCGAUAUCGCUCAUUACAAAUUGUUACAAGUGAAAAAUGGUCGAUUCGUCGAAUUACCUUUACCAUCAAACCAAUAUUCGUUAGUCAUCGAGGAUGAAACAGUUGCUAGGCAGCUACGACCUUGGAUCAUAGAAGCUUUGAAAGUUGGCGGAACCAAAUUGAUGCUUUCUGAUGUGAACAGUAAAAUGUCGCACAAAGAACGAAAAACGUAUUUACCUUCGGUGAACUUGAAUGUAGUUGUACCUGCUUAUAUGAGUCUCGUAACAUUGCCGAAUAAUAAUUGGAUUACCGUACUUUAUCAAUCAAAUACUAUUGUCGCAGAAUUGUAUGAUAGCAAUAACCAUAAAAUCCAUACUGGCCCGUACACCGUGAUAAAAAUGAAUAUCGAAAACAAAUUCAGAGCAACAGAAACGGCGGCAAACGGCAGCUAUGUUAUCGGGUAUCCUGAAGCCACAGGAAUAGUUCAUGUUCACGUUAUAUUCAAUUCUGUUCGUUCUAAUGACCAAAGAUUGAUCUCGUUCAAUGAGUUACACGCAGAAGCUGAUCUCACUGUGUAUGAUCCCUUAGCCAUCAAUCCGUCUGAAAUUCGGAUACCAUGGGAUGCUGAAGAAUCUCCCAAAUUGAAUUAUCCGUUACACGUGACCGGAGGCGACGGUUUGUACCAGUGGAGCAUUUCCGAUACUCAUAUUGCAAUCGUUACGCAGGCGGGAAUCGUUAAACCGAAAAGUAUCGGUCGUACAAAAGUCACCGUUUCGUUGCCUAAAAAUCCAGCUUUACAGGCCUCAGCUGGAGUACUCGUUCAGCCUCCUUCUAAGCUGGUCAUCGUGCGUAGUACAAUCGACGGAGAAAUUGGCUCACCCGUAUUUUUGGCUGUUGCCUUAUUCUAUAGUUUCGAAACUUCGACCGGUAUUAGGAAAUCCGCGCUAUUCACCAACUGUACAGGAUUCCCAUUCGAUAUAAACAUUCACAGUGGAGACUUCUACUAUAAUUCGAGUAGCCACGCUGUAACUCCAUCAGAUGCGUGUACCACUUUGGGCAUCAUUGGCAAAGUAGCUGGUAGUACUUCGGUGACAGUAUCGUAUCGUGCCGAAAACCAGAUUUUACAAGACUCGGUUACCAUAGCAGCCUACGAACCUUUACGUGUAUUGAGUCCGGAUACUGGCAAAACGGUGCUAUCAGUUGGAGCCCAGAGAUACGUUGUCUUUGAAGGUGGUCCUUCCAGAAACAGUAAAGGCCAUAAGGUCGAUAUAGAUAGCGAUAAAAGUGUAAUGGCCAUUGAACAAACGUACGACGGAAUCAACAACAAACGUAUUUUCUUAGUAACGUGUCAAAAUCUCGGCAAAGGAUUCAUCUCAUUACUAGAAAAAAGUUUGGUGGACAUGGAUGGAUUAUCAGUUCCGGUGAAAAAACAAGUCCAUAUCGAGUGUUCAAAUCCGACAGCUUUUGCUUUAUCAGCCGAUAUUUUGGAUAAAAAUUCAGCUUGUCCGAUUGUAUUCCAAGAUGCGAAUACCGUACUGAAUAAUAAACCGAUCAUCGUACGAAUUAGUGUUACAAACAAUCAAGGCGAAGUGUUCGAUAACGCAACAAGUCUGGAAGUAAAAUGGGCACUAUCAGACGAAAGUCUCGGCGAAAUAAAUUUCCAAGACGCGAUUAAAUUACAAGAAGAUAUCAAACCGAACUACAAGCUACCUUUGUACCAUUAUCAAAUCAUCACGCCAUCCUCUAAAAUCGGAUCUUUAAUUGUUACUGCGAGAAUAAUGAAUUAUAAGAAAUCCUGGCUCCAAACACUCAGUAUCAACUCGGAUGAGAAAACGUUGAAGAUAAAGGAUUUGCGUGAGACUUUGACCCUCAAAUUGGUCGAUAACGUACGUAUAUCGCCGCCAUUUAUAUCGUUGUAUAAUUAUCCGGAAAACGUAGCGGUAUUCCAUAUCAGUCACGGUUCGGGAUUCUACAAUAUCACAUCGGAUGCCGGUAAAGCUGCUCAAAUUAAUUUUUCCGAAAUUUCCAAAAGUGUGGAAAUCGUGCCAUACUUACCAGGCACGUUCAAAUUGAAAGUAAAAGACGAAUGUUUCAACUCCGAGUCAGUCAGCGCCGAAGUACUCAUCUUGACCGUAUCUCAAAUUAACGUCGACGUACAAGAUAAAGUUGAAAAAGGAAAAACUAUCAAAGCUUAUUUGACGUUGAUUGAUUCCGAAGGUAACAUCGUAUCUAAGAAGGAUCUUCUAAACGUUAAACUAGAAUCCGAUACGAAUAUUGUUCAUGUAAAUUGCGAUACCGUCGAACGUUCUAGGAUAAUUUGUACGAUCCGAGGUCUAGAAUUAGGAUUUGCCAAUCUAGUAUUCACUUCGGGAUACGGCGAAUCGAUUGUACGUAGUAAAUCGAUCGGUAUCCAGGUUUAUCCGCCUUUGCAAAUUUUUCCCAAGAAUACGACCCUUAUUCCGGGAGCUUCGAUACAACUUGAAGCGAAAGGCGGUCCUCAACCUCACUGCGUUAUUGAGUUCAGCGUCUCGAAUAAUAUCAUUAAAAUUGACAACGCCGGCAACGUGAUCGGUAAAGAGAUCGGAGAAACUAUUGUGACUGGAAACGCUGUUGAAAUACAAGCAAACGGAGAUAAGACUGUGUAUUCUAGCAGUAAGGUCGUGAUAUACGUUGUUCAUUUGGAAGGUAUCCGCAUACAGACUCCUAUAACCACCAUCAAAAGUAACGCAAAGGCGCCUAUUUGGGUUGAAGCGAUCCCGUAUCAAAUUUCACCUCUAGUUUUAGCUUCGGUAACUCCGCCAUUAUCUUUCAAAUGGGAUGUAUCGUCUCCCGAUAGCGUUGUUUUGGAGCAUAUUUUCCAGGAUACCGGUGUAAAAGUUUCUGACAGCGAUAAAGUAUCGAUGAGAUUGAAAUCUCUCAAAAAAGGAAACGUAGUCAUUUCUGUCAACGUGACAACGCCUCGAAGUAUUCGUAAUAUAGCUAGCGACGGAAGACAUGUUUUCUUCGAUUCCAUUACGGUUAAAGUAUUCGAUGAAUUGUUAGUUUCUAACCAAGAUCGCAGUCCGGUGUUGUUGCCUCCGGUGACCAAUUAUGAUUUGAAGACCAACAAAGACAAGCUGUCACGAGUAUUAUUUGCAAAUAACGCUCAUUCUUGUGGCCGAACAUCUGUUUUUGACGUAAAUAACAAAGGAGUGGUGUCCACGUCGAAUGUAUAUGGUGUGGAUUGUUUAGCAGUAACUUCGAUCGAAGAAGAGGAGAUAUCUCAAAACGCUUUGAUUUGCGUAGAAGUUUUACCAGUUAAAUACAUGAUGUUGAGUGUAAUCCCUGAAUUACAAGUCGAUCCUGAAAUUUCUAUUUAUGGUUUACCUAAAGGAGUACGAUUACCGUUUGAAAUAACUUAUCACGAUAAUUACGGUCGUCAAUUCGCAUCGACUAAAAAUGUAGCCGCCUUUCAACUGAGUAAAAUUGACAAAAUUAGAGUAUCUGAGAUCGAAAAUAAUAAAAUUUAUGUCGAUUUAUUGGAUUACGGUUCGACGAUAUUGAAACUGUACGACGAAGAUGAGUCAUUGAUGCCGGAUUUCGUUAGAAUAAACACAGUUCCCUAUAUUCAACCUGAUAAAGUGAAGAUGGUAGUCGGUGACGUAAUAUGUUUCAACGCUCCUGCUAUUACCGAUGAAGGCUCGAUCUGUAUGUGGAAUACAAGCAACGAGAAUGCUUUGGCGAUAAACAAAUGGACCGGUUUAGCGGUGGCCAAAUCGGAACAAUCUAACGUCAUUGUUUCGUACCAAUGCAGUAACGAUGUGAAAAUUAUCACCACAGCUGACAUAUACGCGUUGCAAAAAGUUGAAAUCGUAUCUAAUAAAGUUGAGAAUAUAAGCAACAACGGUAAACGUUUCGUUGUUCCUUUGCGAUUGCUGAACAGAGCUGAUAAUUCAGAUAUCGACGAGAAAAUUAAACAGUUUUCGAAGAAUUGCCCCAAGAGUGAUAGUGCAUUUUAUCCAUACGAAUGUGAAAUCAAAUUCAACGAAGGUUUCACCGCGUUCGAUAUAAGCAGCGUUUUCAAAACGUAUCCUCAUUUUGAUAUUACUAAUGGACACUCUUGCGUAAUUGAAUCGGCCAGUGUUAACACGCCUCAGUUGAGUAAAAUCGAUGCCAAAGUAACCUUGAAGGUUACAUGGGGAAGAUAUCACACUGUAACGACAAUCAUUCCGUUCAAACCCGCUAUAUUUUUCGACUCUGAGAAGCUCGUGAUUAACGAUGAGAAACCUACCGAUUAUAUUCGUUUGGUUGGAUCACCCUCAGUAUUGAAUAACGUUCAAAUUGUACCGUCGAACGCCAAGUUCAUCGCAGUUAGAGAAGAAACCGAUGAGAUCGCAAAUCUCGCCAAAUUCGCCGUGUACGUGAAACCGGCCUUUUUGAAAGAUGCUCAUUGUCCCUCAACUGACCUUAGCGUUACAGUCGUAUCGGAAUUGACUAAUCAAAACGUGAAGAUUCCUAUCAACGUCAAUGUGAACGCGGAACGUUACGCUGUGCCGAGUGAUUUGAGUGAAACGGUGACUCACUUUAUGGAAGAUCACUCAUUCAAGGUGUUCGUAGGCGUUAUUGUAGGUCUUAUUAUUUACGUGGCAGCUAUGAAAAUAUUCAACAGAAAAAGUGUAGACGAUGCUAGAGAUGUAACAUUCAGAUCUUUAGAUAUGUCUCAUAAUCGUAGCCAUUUGUCGGAUAGUUCUCCUCCUGGAUUAUAUAGAUAUUCGAAACCGAGUUUAGAACAAAUGCAAAUGAUGUAUAAUCGAUCACCGACCAAGAUCUCAAGAAGGCAUUAGAAAAAAAAUCAUCAUUCUUUUAUUUUUAUGUAUAAGUAUAUUUCGUUUUGUUUCGAUGACUUGGAAAAAGUAUUAUUCGGUUGUGCAGCUGUAACCAUGAACUACGUUGUGAAUGCUCCUCGAACAUGUUUCCAAAAUUAGUACUUAAGUUGUGCCUGAUGAAAAAUAAUUUGUGUGAUAUAUUUUUAAGCGGUAAGUAUUUUCUCUUAAUUAUUUAAGAGUUAUCUUCUUCAAAUUGAAGAGAGUUUCUUAACUAUGUUUUUUUGUAAUCGAGUCACAUUCUACAAGUUUUAUAUUAAGAUUUGCGAUUAUUGUUUUGUUCAUAAGGUGUUCUUUGUUUUUUGUAAAAAAAAAAAAAAAUAAGUAUGAUUUUUUUCGUGUAUAAUUAUAAAACCUUUUUGACGGUGUUA